AAAGCUUUUGUAUCUCGAGUUAACAAGUUAAUUUAAUUCCGUUACCAUACUCAUAAUUGAAAAAUUGCUUCUUGAAUCAUUUCUCCCUAUUGAAAUGCAUACAAAUUCUGUUAAUUUGUUCCUGCUUUCCCACAAAACCCAACCCAUUUUCAGUCCAAAUUCCGGUGUCUGCAUUCUCCCUUUGUUCCCAGUAACUCUGCAAUGACAACGCUCAAGCUGCUGUCUUUCCUUCUCGUCCUGCUCGUCCUCCAAGUGCGUCUUUCCGCUCCAAUAGAGGACAACAAGAUCCCUCCCAGCCUGUGCACGGGCCACCCUGGCAUCCCGGGUUCACCCGGAGUUCACGGCAGCCCCGGUCAGCCCGGGAGAGACGGACGAGACGGAAGGGAUUCAGCACCUGGGGAGAAAGGAGAAAAGGGGGAUAUGGGAACGCCAGGUGAGAUGGGUGAGCAAGGCCUUACCGGAGACAGAGGCGACCGCGGAGAAAGGGGGCAGAAGGGUGAGGCGGGACAGUGCGCCGUGGCCCCCAAAUCCGCCUUCAGCGCCAAAGUGUCCGAAGGCCGGGACUUGCCUCUCCCGGCGGGCGACGCGGUGCUCUUUGACAAGAUCCUGCUUAACGAGCAGGGCGACUACAACACGGAGACGGGUCGCUUCACGUGCAAAGUCCCAGGCGUGUACUACUUUGCCGUCCACGCCACCGUGUACCGAGCUAGCCUGCAGUUUGACCUCAUGAAAAACGGUCACACAGUGGCUUCUUACUUUCAGUUUUUCGGCAACUGGCCCAAACCGGCAUCGCUGUCGGGCGGGUCGCUGCUCCAUUUGAUCCCUGGGGACCAGGUAUGGAUUCAGAUGGCUCUAGGGGAAUACAAUGGAUUCUACUCUAGCACUAAGACAGACAGCACCUUCAGCGGCUUUCUGGUGUACUCGGACUGGAAAAACUCUGCGGUGUUUGCGUGAGCGCUCAUACUGGGAUAAGGAAAGCACACCAUGGCCUAUUUAAGCUUUUCCUAAUAAGACAUUUUUGGAGGGAGAUGAGUAGUGCAUACAAUGAGGAAGAAAUAAUUCCCAACUGGCACAUACUAAACUUAUGUUUUUUCCAAUGUUGACUUUUGUUUGAACAGUUGAACGCAACCGGACACAGAAUGCCUGUUUUUGACCGGGACGGAAUAGUGGGUGUUUUUGCAUCAAAUAGUGUUCUAAAAUACAAAACUUUGCUUAAGAACUCAAAAAAGACUCAUUACAGUAUCAUCUUGCCAUAUUUUAACAACAGUCUUUUUCACUUAAUUGAACUGUGCAGUCAUUUUGAUGUUUUGUUUCUAAAUACAGUGGCACCUCAAGAUAUGAAAUUAAUUCCUUCCGGAGAGGCUUCCGUAUCAUGAUUUUUUUCGUAUAAUAAAUAGCGUUUUAUAUGUAAAUGGUCUAAUUCGUUUCUAGCUCUAGUAAAACACCUUAUAAAUUUUGUAAUAUAGUUAAAACCAGAAUGAAAGAAUAAUCAAAUGCAUUUGAAUCAUUCAAUAUUC